AUGACGAAGCCAGGAAUGUUUUAUUGUCAAAAAUGUGGUGUUCCAAUUACGGUAGAUGAUUCCGUUCGGAAUAUGACACCUGAACAGUUUGAUCUAAUACGAAACUCUACAUCCAGAGCACCUACCAACCAAGAUAGUAAUGAAUCGGAUCCUUCUACAUAUAUCCCUAAAUCUCGAUUAGAACUAUACCAAUCCUUAAGUGACUCGAAUCUAGAUCCAUCCUUAAUUGUGGAUAAUAUUUCUGGACUGAAUGACUCACGUAACGAUGCUACAAGCACCACAGAUAAGAUGACGGUGAAUUCCUCCUUUAUAGUGAUAGAUGACGUAUCACCAACAGAUUCAUCCGUCGAAAUUGGUAAAUAUGGUGAUGAGAGUACUAUAGCAGGUAAUUCUACUACAGAUAAUGAUAUACUGCUGCCAGCGAAUAGCAGUGAUCAAAUUGCUAGUAAUCCAGAGGAUGGCUUCAAUUUAUCCAAACAAAUAAAUGAACUCACAAAGAUCUUUGAAAUAUUAUCGAAAGAUUCAUUAGAAAGACAUCCAUUGUGUAUUGAUUGCAGUGGGUUGUUGAUGGAUAAUUUAAAACUUAAAUUUGAUCUGCUACAGAAAGAGAAAGACAACUACCUUAACUUCCUAAGGAAGUUAAGGGAAAAGGAUAGAAUAAUUGAUGGCGAUUCCAAGUUUCUCGAUUCUAAAUUAGCUAAAUCUGUUGAGGAUUAUGAAGAGUUAGUUAAGAAACGGGAAACUGCUCUCAAAGAACUUCGAGAUCUAGAACAAUAUAAAAGAGGUUUGGACGACAAUUUGGUUACACUUAAAAACGAAAUACAAGAAUUGAGUAAUUCUCAAUUGAAUGAUUUACUUCUUGAAAGAAAUAAAUUUCAAUUGGAUAUUUUAAAAAAGACAAACGAAAUAGAAAAGGUAAAAGCAUAUCAUGAAGCUAAUCUAAACCAAUUGGAUCAUCUUAGAACAUUAAAUGUUUACACCAACUUCUUCAACAUAUCAUUUAAAGGUCAAUAUGCUACUAUUAAUGACCUUCGGUUAGGAUAUAAAGUUCCAUUACCAGAAGUUAAUGCAGCAUUAGGAAAUGUGGCUCUUUUAAUGGAUUUUAUUAUUCGGACCUUAAAAGUCGAGAUAUCCGGCUUUAAAAUCGUUCCUUCAGGACCUCAAUCAUAUAUUAUGAAGCUAGCUAAGCCAGUCGAAAGUGUUCAUGAGACUCAAGAUGAGUCUAAAAAAAUUGUGCUUAAUUUAUUUGCUACAACAGAGUUUUCCCUAGGUGCAUUCUUUAAUUUCAAUAAGUUGGAUGUAGCAAUGAUAGCCUUGUUGGAGAUUCUUUGUCAGAUACAACUGAAAAUGAGGUCAACAAACAGAGAUGUUGAACUUCCAUAUAAUAUAUCUGCCAAAAGAGAUUCGAUCGGGAAUCGAAGUAUUCGAAUCACCUCUAAUCAUGAAUGGAGUGAAGGUUGUCGUCAUCUUUUGACCAACUUAAAUUGGAUUUUGGCCUAUUCUACGGUCAAUUCUUAG